UCUGCGCUUUGCGCCCGGAGCGGCGGUCGGUAGCGGUGGUAGUGGCGGCGACGGUUUCGUGGCGGCCGCGCGCUGCUCAGAGAGCGGCGGGUGGCGAACGGGCCUGGGCUCUCACUCCUGACACUUCCCCUCGCCCACCGCAUCGCGCAUUCCGAAGCAAAGACUCAUUUUGAGGAUGUUUAAUAAAUCAUUUGGAACACCCUUUGGGGGUGGCACAGGAGGCUUUGGCACCACUUCAACAUUUGGGCAGAAUACUGGUUUUGGCACUACUACUGGAGGGGCAUUUGGAACAUCUGCAUUUGGUUCUAGCAACAAUACUGGAGGGCUAUUUGGAAAUUCACAGACCAAACCAGGAGGAUUAUUUGGUACCAAUUCAUUUAGCCAGACUGCUACUUCCACAAGCACUGGCUUUGGGUUUGGCACAUCAACAGGAACGUCAAAUAGCUUGUUCGGAACUGCAAGCACAGGAACCAGUCUCUUCUCAUCCCAGAAUAAUGCCUUUGCACAAAAUAAACCAACUGGCUUUGGGAAUUUUGGAACAAGUACUAGCAGCGGAGGGCUCUUUGGAACUACAAAUACCACCUCUAACCCUUUUGGUAGCACAUCUGGCUCCCUUUUUGGGCCAAGUAGUUUUACAGCUGCGCCUACUGGUACUACCAUUAAAUUCAACCCUCCAACUGGUACAGAUACUAUGGUCAAAGCUGGAGUUAGCACUAACAUCAGCACCAAGCACCAGUGUAUUACUGCUAUGAAAGAAUAUGAAUGCAAGUCACUAGAGGAACUUCGUUUAGAGGAUUAUCAGGCUAACCGGAAAGGUCCUCAGAACCAGGUGGGAGCAGGUACCACGACUGGCUUGUUUGGGUCUUCUCCGGCUACCUCCAGUGCUGCAGGACUCUUUAGCUCCUCUACCACUAAUUCAGGCUUCGCAUAUCAGAAUAAAACUGCCUUUGGAACGAGUACAACUGGAUUUGGAACAAACCCAGGUGGUCUCUUUGGCCCGCAGAGUCAGCAGACCACCAGCCUCUUCAGCAAACCAUUUGCCCAGCCCACAACCACCCAGAACACUGGCUUUUCCUUUGGUAAUACCAGCACUCUGGGACAGCCGAGCACCAACACCAUGGGCUUAUUUGGAGUAACCCAAGCCUCACAGCCUGGAGGUCUUUUUGGGACAGCGACAAACACCAGCACUGGGACAGCAUUUGGAACGGGCACAGGCCUCUUUGGGAACACCAAUACUGGAUUUGGUGCUGUUGGUUCGACCCUGUUUGGCAAUAACAAGCUUACUACAUUUGGAACCAGCACAACCAGUGCUCCUUCAUUUGGUUUUGGCACAAAUAGCAGUGGAAAUAGCAUUUUUGGAAAUAAACCAGCAACUGGGACUCUGGGAACUGGACUUGGAGCAGGAUUUGGAACAGCUCUUGGUGCUGGACAGGCAUCUUUGUUUGGGAACAACCAGCCUAAGAUCGGAGGGCCUCUGGGUACAGGAGCCUUUGGGGGCCCUGGAUUUAAUACCACGACAGCCACUUUGGGCUUUGGAGCCCCUCAGGUCCCAGUAGCUCUGACAGAUCCAAAUGCUUCCGCUGCCCAGCAGGCUGUCCUCCAACAGCACAUCAAUAGUCUAACAUACUCACCCUUCGGAGAUUCCCCUCUCUUCCGGAAUCCCAUGUCAGACCCUAAGAAGAAAGAAGAGAGAUUGAAGCCAACAAAUCCAGCAGCCCAGAAGGCUCUCACUACACCCACUCAUUAUAAACUUACACCCCGCCCUGCCACCAGAGUCCGGCCAAAGGCUUUACAGACAACAGGCACAGCCAAGUCACAUCUCUUUGAUGGUCUGGAUGAUGAUGAACCAUCCCUAGCCAAUGGAGCAUUCAUGCCCAAGAAGAGCAUUAAGAAGUUAGUUUUGAAGAACCUUAAUAAUAGCAGUCUCUUUUCUCCUGUUAAUCGUGAUGCCGAAGAUCUAGCUUCACCAUCUGAUUAUCCAGAAAACGGAGAGAGAUUCAGUUUCCUGAGCAAACGUGUUGAUGAGAACCAUCAGCAGGAUGGAGACGAUGAUUCCCUUGUGUCACGUUUUUAUACUAACCCUAUUGCCAAACCCAUCCCUCAAACCCCAGAGAGUGCUGGAAAUAAACACAACAGCAGUAGUAGUGUGGAUGAUACCAUUGUUGCGUUAAACAUGCGUGUUGCCUUGCGAAAUGGACUAGAAGGAAGCAGUGAGGAGACCUCUUUCCAUGAUGAGUCGCUGCAAGAUGAUCGAGAAGAAGUAGAAAAUAACACUUAUCAUGUGCAUCCAGCAGGUAUUGUUCUUACUAAGGUUGGUUACUAUACUAUUCCAUCUAUGGAUGACCUUGCUAAAAUUACCAAUGAGAAAGGGGAGUGCAUUGUGUCGGACUUCACUAUUGGUCGUAAAGGUUAUGGUUCAAUAUAUUUUGAAGGAGAAGUGAAUUUGACAAAUCUAAAUUUGGAUGAUAUCGUACAUAUCCGAAGGAAAGAAGUGAUUGUCUACUUAGAUGAUAGCCAAAAACCACCUGUGGGUGAAGGACUAAAUAGGAAGGCUGAAGUUACAUUGGAUGGAGUUUGGCCAACAGAUAAAACAUCUCGUUGUUUAAUAAAGAGUCCAGAUCGACUAGCUGAUAUCAACUAUGAGGGGAGACUGGAAGAGGUUUCAAGGAAACAGGGAGCCCGGUUCAAAGAAUAUCGGCCUGAAACUGGUUCUUGGGUGUUUAAGGUCUCCCAUUUUUCUAAGUAUGGCCUUCAGGAUUCUGAUGAAGAGGAGGAGGAGCGGCCAUCCAAAACCAGUACAAAGAAGUUGAAGACUGCCCCUGUGCCUCCUGCGGGCCAGACUCCCCCAUUCCAGAUGGCUCUUAAUGGCAAACCAGCACCUCCACCCCAGAGUCAAAGCCCAGAGGUGGAGCAGUUAGGGAGGGUUGUGGAACUGGACAGUGACAUGGUAGAUAUCACCCAGGAGCCAGUUCUGGAUUCCGUGUUAGAAGAGAGCAUGCCUGAGGAUCAGGAACCUGUGUCAGCCUCGACACACAUUGCAUCUUCACUGGGAAUUAAUCCACAUGUUUUACAGAUCAUGAAAGCAUCAUUGCUUGCUGAUGAAGAGGAUGUAGAUAUGGCCAUGGAUCAACGCUUCAGCCACCUUCCUUCCAAAGCAGAUACUUCUCAGGAAAUCUGUUCUCCUAGACUCCCUAUUUCAGCAUCCCACUCAUCAAAAUCCCGUUCAUUAGUUGGUGGGCUACUACAAUCAAAAUUUACAAGUGGAGCUUUUCUUUCACCAAGUGCCUCUGUGCAACAAUGUCGUACUCCCAGAGCAUCAUCUCUAAUGAAUAUCCCAUCCACAUCUCCUUGGUCUGUCCCUCCACCCCUGACCUCUGUGUUUACAGUGCCCAGCCCAGCCCCUGAGCUUCUGUUGAAAACAGUGGGUACACGCAGGCAGCCCGGCCUAGUCCCUCUUGAAAAGUCUGUCACGUAUGGCAAGGGGAAACUCUUGAUGGACAUGGCCCUAUUUAUGGGACGCUCAUUUCGAGUUGGUUGGGGCCCCAACUGGACUCUUGCUAAUAGUGGAGAACAGCUAAGUGGCUCCCAUGAACUGGAAAAUCAUCAGAUUGCUGAUUCCAUGGAAUAUGGAUUCCUGCCCAAUCCAGUAGCUGUUAAAUCCCUAACUGAGUCCCCAUUCAAAGUUCAUUUGGAAAAACUCAGUUUGAGACAAAGGAAGCUGGAUGAGGACCUGCAAUUAUAUCAGACACCUCUAGAGCUCAAAUUAAAACAUAGCACCGUCCAUGUGGAUGAGCUGUGUCCUCUCAUUGUCCCCAAUCCGGGAGUUGCUGUCAUUCACGACUAUGCAGAUUGGGCUCAGGAAGCAUCAGGAGACUUAUUGGAAGCACAGAUUGUGAAGCACUGGAGCCUGACCUGGACAUUAUGUGAAGCCCUAUGGGGCCACCUGAAGGAGCUUGAGAGCCAGCUGGACGAGCCCAGUGAAUACAUUCAGAUUCUGGAGCGUCGAAGAGCUUUCUCACGCUGGCUCUCCCACACUUCUGCACCUCAAAUUGAGGAGGAAGUCUCCUUAACCCGGAAAGACAAUCCUGUGGAGGCUGUCUUCAGCUACCUCACAGGCAAGAGGAUCAGUGAGGCCUGCUGUCUGGCUCAGCAGUCAGGUGAUCAUCGUCUUGCCCUUCUUUUAUCCCAGCUGGCGGGUAGCCAGUCAGUCCGGGAGCUGCUCACCAUGCAGCUGGUGGAUUGGCAUCAGCUCCAGGCUGACUGUUUCAUCCAGGAUGAGAGACUGCGCAUCUUUGCUCUGUUGGCUGGAAAACCGGUGUGGCAGCUCUCAGAGCAAAAGCAAAUCAAUGUCUGCUCCCACCUGGAUUGGAAACGCUCCCUGGCUGUCCAUCUUUGGUAUCUCCUUCCACCUACAGCCUCUAUUUCCAAAGCACUCAGCAUGUAUGAAGAAGCAUUUCAGAAUACCUCUGAGGGUGAUAGAUAUGCCUGCUCCCCACUUCCUUCAUACGUAGAGGGCUCUGGCUAUACAGUAGAAGAAGAGCAAGAUUCACGGAGACCUCUUCGAGACGUCUGCUUUCAUCUUCUAAAACUUUACAGUGACAGACAUUAUGACCUCAACGAGCUGCUGGAACCUCGAAGCGUAACAGCAGACCCCUUGGACUACCGCCUAAGCUGGCAUUUGUGGGAGGUGCUGCGGGCUCUUAACUACACCCAUCUCUCAGAGCAGUGUGAGGGUGUGCUGCAGGCCAGCUAUGCUGGCCAACUGGAGAGCAAGGGCCUCUGGGAAUGGGCCAUCUUUGUCCUGCUGCACAUUGCCAACUCAAGCAUGCGUGAGAAGGCUGUCCGAGAGCUGCUUACCCGGCACUGCCAGCUAUCAGAGACCCCUGAAUCUUGGGCUAAGGAGACUUUCCUGACCCAGAAGCUUUGUGUGCCUGCUGAGUGGAUUCAUGAGGCCAAAGCAGUGCGAGCACGUAUGGAAUCUGACAAACACUUGGAGGCCCUCUAUUUAUUUAAAGCUGGGCACUGGAACUGCUGCCACAAACUUGUCAUCCGGCACUUAGCAUCUGAUGCCAUCAUCAAUGAGAACUAUGACUACCUGAAGGGGUUUUUGGAAGACCUGGCACCUCCAGAGCGCAGCAGCCUAAUUCAGGACUGGGAUACAUCUGGGCUUGUUUACCUGGACUAUAUUCGGGUCAUUGAAAUGCUCCACCGUAUCCAGCAGGUGGAUUGCUCAGGUUAUGAGCUGGAGCAGUUACACACCAAAGUGACCUCACUGUGCAACCGGAUAGAGCAGAUCCAGUGUUACAACGCCAAGGACCGCCUGGCUCAGUCAGACAUGGCCAAACGUAUAGCAAACCUGCUGCGGGUGGUACUGAGCCUCCAGCAUGCUCCUGAUGCAACCUCUGACUCAACGCCAGACCCUCAGCGUGUUCCUCUGCGUCUGCUGGCUCCCCACAUCGGCAGGCUCCCUAUGCCUGAGGACUAUGCCUUGGAAGAACUACGCAGCCUCACACAGUCCUACCUGCGGGAACUAACUGUUGGGAGCCAGUGAGCUCUAGGCUCUUUCCAUCACACUCACAUGCUCAUUCACACUCAUCACACAAAGGUCCCUGCAUUCUCUGAGUUGGGCUAUGGAAUCCACCCUCCCUGCCUGCUGCUGCAAGCAGUAUCCUCCAGUUGUUCAGGGCUUUUCUUAAUAAUGAAUAUAGCAUAAGGGCUUCUGGAACCCAGAAGAGGAGCCAUGUGUCUUUUUACCAUCCUUAAGACAAUUCAAUUUUUUUUUUUUUUUUUUCUUUUCUUUUUAAAAACGGUGAAUAAAGCACCUUUGGCAGAAUCCCCUGAAGAACCAGAGAAUCCUUUUUCACACCCAGCCAUUCUGGAUGUUGUGACCCUCCAUGUCAACCUGCUACCCUUCCCGUACCCAGCCCUUUUAUACUAGGACUCUUUAGAAGGAAUGGGACAGGUAAUGGGACAAAUGUGUUGAUCUAGGACUGCCCUUCCGUAAUAGAUGAACUAGCCACAGAAAGAAGAGGGGAGUCUGUCUCUUAAGUAAACAGUGGGCUUGGAGGUUCAAAAGAGGUUGAACUGAGUGAGGAAACAGAUCAGAGUCUUCUGGCUCACUUAGGGUAGAAGUGACUGCCUGCCAUGGAGGGAUUGAUAUUCAGGGCUUCUUUGUUCCUGCCCCAGAAUAUUCCAUGUCCUCCGUACCUUCCUUUUGUGCACCAGCCCUUGAUUGCAUAUCCCAUGUCUCUGGGAAGCCAAAACACCCAGAACUCAGUUUGGUCCCUGGUUCUUGGUCACCUUGCUAGGCCUCCUGUCUGGAUUUGACAGGUUGGGUAGCCCUCCCUGCCCCUCCCAUUCUAGCCCCAAAGCAUUUCCUGCCCUCCCAGAAGGUAAACCAUCACUGAUGCAGGCAAGGAGCCGGGCUUUAGGGGCAGGCAGAGGGCGUACGCUUCAGUGCUGCCAGCUAUGGGAAGCCCCAGGUAAUGGCCUGAGACAGCUGGUAUUAGGACUGUCACAACAUGGGCACCCCUGGGUCUUUAUGCAUGAAGAUUAUGUAAAGGUUUUUAUUAAAAAUAUAUAUAUAUAAAUAUAUAUAUAUAUAAAUAAACUAGAUUAUUUUCCUCUUUUUCUGAAGCUACUUUCUUAAAUAAAAUGAAAUGUUUAUAGCAUUCCUGGAAUUCGCUUUCCCUUUGUAUGUUUGAGCCUCCUACCCCGAGGAUCUUUCUGGUGGCCUGUUAUAGCCCAUCUGUUCUAGAGUGUGAAGUCUAAAAUGGAGAAGGGCCUUGAGUUGAAGAGAGAACAGUUCAGUGCUAAGUUGAGAUACAGACCAUACCAAAGGCUGUAUUUGUAAGUGCAGAUUUAGGGGUGAGAGGGCUGAGAUGACUGAUUAAUCUUGACUGCUGUACAUCUUUUAUGCACGUAGAUUCCCAGCUGAGGGAUAGGGUAGGGGUCUGAAACUGCAGUGAUAUAUACUUAGCAUUCAAAGCCUCCUUGUUCUUUCAUUCCUAGUGCUUUUUGUUUUUAUACCUGGGGUCACACUUCCACUUCUCUCUCAGUUUCCUUCUUGGUGGAAUGGGGAGAAUGAUUCCUGAUGUUGCUGCUUCACAGGGAUGUUACUGAGAAGGGAUCAAAAGAGGCUGUGUGGAGUACUCUUCAUAUCUUAUUUUGAUCUGUUACACUGAAGGUGUAGUCAAAUUCCAGUUAGGAUUAGGCCAAAGCCUUCUGGGACAUCAGGGAAUUUAGGAUGAGAAAGGAGAGUGACUCUGCCCUUUGACUGGGCCUUCCCUUUAAGUGAGGACAAGGACUGCUCAGCUGGGAGUCCCCCGUCCAUUACGGACUCCAUGUGUCUGUCAUAGAGCACUGCUUGGCUUUCACAAAGAAUUUCUGACCUUUACUCGCCCAGAGCUUUCUUGAGAAAAGUUAUCAUAGAAAUUGUUAGCCUUUAACAGUGUUGAGAAUUGUGAAUACUAACAUUAUGCCCUCUUCGGACAAGUACUAUUUAUAUUUAAAAAAGAAGGGCUCUAAAUAAAAUCUGUUUAUCAUAAAAACUGUGUUAUAUCGUACAGGAUAGGCUUCCAGUUCAAGGGGAAUGAUAAAGAUGAAGAAAAAUCUCUUCUACCUCCUGAAGUUCUAUUGAAAUAAUUUUUUUUUUUUUUUUAGUUUCUCAAAAAAUAUAGAGGAACCAGUUUUCUAAAAACAACAGAGCUGUGGAAUCCACAGCCUCAUACAGGUGACACAACAUCCCAAAUAAGUAUAUUGUCUCAGCAAAAACCUGGAAUAAUGCCAAGAUCAAAGUUCUCAGAGGUCUAGAGAAUUAAAAGUUGGAUUAGCUGAGCCAAGGCCUGCAGGGUAGCUGCUCUUUUUAGACGUUUUACACUCUGACUCAGUUUUGUUAAUUUUUAUUUCUAGAAAAUUAUUACAGCUUUUCAACUUUAAUAAUUUUUAAAUUUCUUCUCUAUCUCUAGUUUCUGAUUCCUAAUAGUGUGCAUUUGCGGUUGACCUUUUCCUGAUUUGGCUAGCUAGUGGUUUCAUUGAGGUUUGUGUUUUUCAAAGAACUAGCUCUCUUAGACUUAAUUGAUCAAUUUUACCAGAGUUCUGUGUUGUAAUGUAUUAAUUUCUGCUUUAAAUAUUCAUUUCUAAUGCUUUCCUCAGGGUUUUAAAAAAUAUUUUAUUGUAGAAAUUCAUCUACACAAGAGUAGUGUAAUGAUCCCCACAUUCAACAUAGGUCGCAAUUUCCCAGUUUCAUGUCACCUUUACCUUCAUUCUUACCUCUCCCCACCCCACAGUGGUAUAUUCUAAGGCAGAUCAUUCAAUCAUCAAUACCUAAGCAUUUCUAACAGAUAAAUAUAUUUUUAUACACAUGAUAAUGCCAGUGUCACACCUAACAAAAUUAUAAUUGUUCCUAGAUACCAACUAAUACCCACUCCAUUUCACAUUUCUCCAGUUGUCUCAAAAGUAAAUUUUUACAGUUGAUUUGUCUGAAUCAGGAUCUAAGAAGAUCCACGCAUUGCAUGUGGUUGAUGAGUCUCUUAAUCUAUUAACAGCACCCCCCUCCUGUUUUUAAUGCCAUUUAUUUGUUGAAGUAGCUGGUCAUUUGUCCUUCAGGAUAGAGGGCUAGGGACUUUUCAUACGUGGUGCUGUGUGCUUUUUUAUCACUUAGAAGAGACUGUGUCUGGCUGUCCUAUUUUAUGUGAUGUUAGAUUGUUGGUUCAGGUGUCUCAGCCUGAUUCAUCCUUUGCAAAGCUUCCCAUCGCCCUUUCACCUCAUGAUAAUUGUUGCCAAGAUUCAUUAUUUCAUUAUUGUACAUCCCUUAUCUUUUUAGAUGUGGUGAUCUCAUUUUCAAAAUAAAGACUUAAUUAAUGAUUUUUACUGUUAUUUACUUUUUUUGUUAUAAUGGCUCCUUUAAAGCUACCCACUAAGUUUUGGACUUUUAAUUUUUUUUCAAUAUAACAUUUUUUUACCCCAGACAGUAAUUAUGCUAUAUGAAAUAUUGCAACAUUUUUUUCAAACACGUUUAUCCCACACAGUUUUUAGUCAGAGACGAUAGUACAAAAUAAUUUCUUGUGUGUAAUAAAAAAAAAAAAAAAACAUUGUCGUGGAGUCCAUUCCAAAUCACAGUGACCCUAUAGGACAGAGUAGAACUGCCCUAUAAGGUUUCCAAGGAGCAGCUGGUAGGUUCAAAUUGCCGACCUUUUGGUUAGCAAGUGUAACUCUUAACCACUGUGCCACCCGGACUCCAUAAUGUUUAGAUGAACCUCAAAUCUGUUGCUUUACAAAAGUAAGCUCGAUGAGAUGAAAAGACAGCAUGUUCUACAACUUUUCAGUCUAUUUCCACAUAUUUUGAAGUAUUCUUGAAAUUAGCCUUUAUUUUACUCUACUGUUCCAAACAUUUCUAAGUGUAAUUUGUGCGUA